AUGCUGCGUGUGGUGAGCCUUUGUGGAGCUCUUUGCAUUUUGGCCAGCAUCCUUCAAGGUUGUGGCGAUGAGGUCCCCGAUCCAGCAUGCUCCAGCUACAGCAAAGGCGGAGCUGGAGCUGUCACCGACGCAACGACCUGUGACACCGCUUGUGACAAGGGCGAGGGCAUCCAGACCACGAACUACGGUGAUCAUGAGUUCUAUGGCACCUCGGGUUUGGAUCUUCCUGCCAAAGGCUUCACAGCCGCGGUGCCGGUACACGAGCAGGUUUGGCGCUUCGUGCUGGCGCCGGUCCUUUGCGAUGUGGACGUUGCCAUGGAGGAAGAGGAGUUGGUGGAAUUACUGCCGCCUGAGUUCACCAGAGGGGUUGUCCUAAUGGACUUUCAAUGUGCUGUUGUGCCAAAGGCCCUUUGCGGCGAGUUGCUGAAGCUCCUGGGCCCUCUGAGCGAAGACUUGAAGCACCUCAAGCGGGUGAGGCCAGAAGGAACAGAUUUGGCUGUGCUCCUGACAGAGACGCCUCGAGAAGAUGUCUUGCAGUUCUUGCAAAACCGAGAGAUUACGGCUGCCACCGUGCAAGUUCCGCGUUUUUGCCCUUUGACUGCUUCGCAGAUGGAGAGCUUCUCGAGGUAUUGGCCGGUGAAGAAAUUCGUCCCAUCCUUUCAGCCUUUAAAGCUCACCCAGGACCUGAAGGCCCACUUCGGGCAUCUCCGGCGCUUGGCCGAGGACGCUGGUGGCGACGCCGGUGGCUGUGCGAUGGCAGAUGCUAGUGGCCGCUUGUUGGUUGCGUGUGCGGCGUCCAAUGGGGUGCUCCAACAUCCAGCCAUGGUGGCCAUUGCCACAGUGGCAGAGGAUGCACGCAAAAGGUAUGCGGCACAGGGAAAACGCUCGAGAGAAGAGGAAGAUUAUCUUUGCCAAGAUUGCGAUGUGGUGCUUACACAUGAGCCGUGCAUCAUGUGUGCCAUGGCUUUGAUACACUCGAGGGUGCGAAGGAUUGCAUUUUGCAAUGAGAACACUGACUUCGGUGGUUUUGGAGGCCGAAUUGCCCUCGAACAAUGUCCGAACCUGAAUCAUCAUCCACGCAUCCUUCGCUGGAAAAUUACUAUCCAAUAA